AUGGAAGUCGUGGCAAACGCUGCUCCUAAUACUUCUAGAUGCCGGUCUACUUGUUCUAUUUGUGCUAAGCCCAGAGUGCCUAUUCUAUCUCAUCGUCUUUUCCACUCUAGGACUGCAAACAUGACCUUGGCGGCGGCCUUCGUUCAUGGCAUGAAUUUGAUCUCGCUAUUACAGUAUCUGCCAUUAUUUUCUCAGGCCGUGGAGCUCGAGACAGCAUUCCGAUCUGCGGUCUCCUUAAUUCCCACCGUUAUCGUUAGUGCAGUAUUCGCAGCCAUCUCGAUGAUGAUGGUCUCGGUCGUGGGAAGAUAUGUAUGGAUUGAACGAUUUGGCUGGAUCAUCAUAAUCCUGGGAACUGGAUUGCUAGCAAUUUUGACAUUGGAUCUUCGUCAUCGUUGCUCUUUGACCUUCCAAUUCUUUGGGAAAUGGGCGUGUCGUUACUGCGUCUUUUUCUGCUUCAUAUUCAGGCAAGGGUAA